AUGAGGGAUGAUCGAAUGUGGAUGUAUAGUCGGCGUGACGAAAGUGGAAAAGGACUCAACAAAAAGUUUAUAGAUGGUGUAGAACAAUUUGUGGCAUUUGUUCUUUCUCAACCAAAUCUAGUCUCAAAUGGCCAAAUAAGGUGUCCGUGUUCAAAAUGUGACAAUAAGAAAUUUUUAGAGUAUGAAAUCGUCAAGGUUCACCUUUAUCGUCAUGGUUUUGUCCCUAAUUAUGACCCAUGGAGUUAUCACGGGGAACCUUUACAUUAUGAUGAUGUUGAUUAUGAGGUUGCUAGAGAUAUUGAAGAAAGAGUUGAAGGUGCUAAUGAAACAAGGGAUGAUGUUAUCUUAGAAAACCCAUAUUAUACCAUGAUUUUAGAUGCUGUUGGUCCUAGUGUCAAUCCUAAUACUAAUAUAGAGUUAGAUGAUCCUCCAAGCCAUAAUGCUCAAAAAUUUUAUGAGAUGUUGGAAACUGCUAAAGAGCCACUGUAUGAAGGGUGUAGUAGGCACACUCCAUUAUCAGCAAUAUCUAGAUUGUUAAAUAUCAAAUCUGAGUUUAACUUGAGUGAGAAUUGCUAUAAUUGUAUUUUACAAUGGGUAAAAGAAUUGUUGCCAAAUGAUGAAAAAUUGCCUAAAGACUAUUACAAGACUAAACAAAUGGUAGGACAACUUGGUUUGAAGUAUGAGAAAAUAGAUGUGUGUCGAAAUGGUUGUAUGCUGUACUAUAAGGAGAACAAGGAAAGGAGGGAAUGUUUGGUGUGUGGCCAUGAUCGCUUUAAAUCUAGAAAAAGAGAUAAUGGAAGUAAUAAAGACAUACCGUACAAGGUGCUGCGUUAUUUCCCAUUGACUCCAAGAUUACAAAGGCUUUAUAUGUCUUCCAAAACAGCAGAGCACAUGGUAUGGCAUCAUAAAACAAGGCGAGAGCCAGGGGUCAUGUGUCAUCCUUGUGAUGGCGAGGCAUGGAAACAUUUUGAUCAAUGUUAUCCCUCUUUUGCUUUAGAACCUCGAAAUGUUAGGUUAGGCUUAUCAUCAGAUGGGUUUACUCCAUUUGGGCAAUCUGCACAUCCAUAUUCAUGUUGGCCUGUAAUUGUUACACCAUAUAAUUUGCCCCCUGGGAUGUGCAUGAAAACCCCAUAUAUGUUUCUUACUCUUAUAAUUCCUGGCCCAAAGAGCCCUGGGCAAAAAAUUGAUGUGUACUUGCAACCUUUAAUUGAUGAGUUGAAAGAAUUGUGGGAGGUUGGUGCUUUAACCUAUGACUCAUAUAAGAAGCAAAAUUUUUAUAUGAGAGCUUCACUAUUAUGGACUAUUAAUGACUUCCCUGCUUAUGGCAUGUUAUCGGGAUGGAGUACGCAUGGAAUUUUGUCAUGCCCAAUUUGUAUGGAGUACAGUAAAUCAUUCUUCUUGGAAAAAGGAAAAAAGGUGACAUUUUUUAAUUGUCAUCGUCAAUUUUUGCCACUACAACAUCCUUUUCGUCGAGAUAAAAAGUCAUUUUAUAAAGGGUGUGAUGAGAAAUCUCCUAUCCCUCAAAGAUUUUCUAGUGAUGACUUAUGGGAAAAAGUUUGUUGCUUGCCAAGAAUGAUGGAGAAAAAUGGAACUUACAAGUUGCCUGGGUUUGGCAGUCAACAUAAUUGGACUAAACGUUCUAUAUUUUGGGAUUUGCCUUAUUGGAAUACCAACUUGAUUCGCCAUAAUCUUGAUGUUAUGCAUAUUGAGAAGAAUGUAUUUGAUAAUAUAUUCAAUACUGUUAUGGAUGUUAAAGGUAAGACGAAGGACAAUGAAAAGGCUAGAGAGGACUUGUCUACUUAUUGUAACCGACCAGAAUUGGCAUUGUUUAAGAGUGUUGGAAAGACAAUGAAGCCAAAAGCAACAUACACUUUGACAAAGCAACAAAGGAAGUUGGUAUGUGAAUGGAUUAAAAAUUUAAGACUUCCUGAUGGACAUGCUUCAAAUUUGUCUAAAUGUGUUGACAUGGAAAAUUGUAAAUUGUUAGGGAUGAAAAGUCAUGAUUGUCAUGUAUUUUUACAAAGAUUGCUCCCAAUUGCCUUUAAAGAUUUAUUACCUGAGGCUAUUUGGAAUGCCUUAACAGAAAUAAGUCUAUUCUUUAAAGACAUAUGCUCAACAAUUAUAACAGUGGAGCAAAUGCAAAAGCUUGAAGAAAAUAUUAUUGUAACUAUUUGCAAGUUAGAAAAGUUCUUUCCUCCAGCCUUCUUUGACUCCAUGGAACAUUUGCCUAUUCACUUACCUUAUGAAGCAAGAGUUGGUGGACCCGUUCAGUAUCGAUGGAUGUAUCCAUUUGAAAGGUUUUUGCAUCAUUUGAAGAAAAAAGUUAAAAAUAAAGCUCACGUAGAAGGGUCAAUUUCUGAAGCAUACCUUGUAGAAGAAACAUCUACAUUCUGUGCUCAUUACUUUGAACCUCAUGUUCAAACAAAACUAAACAAAAUUGAUCGAAAUGAUGAUCAUAGUGAGGUUGACUGCCCAGAUGGAUGCCUUUCUAUAUUCAGACAUCCUGGUCGCACAGCAGGAAAAGGAAAAACACGAUUUUUGACAAAUGAUGAAUUUAAUGCAGCUUCUAUAUAUGUUCUGCUUAAUUGUGAGGAAAUCCAACCAUUUCUUAGAAUAUUUGAAGAACAACUUAGGAAAAGAAUACCUAAUGCAACCAAUGAGGAUGUAGAGACUAAGAUAGAUAGUGAAUUUGCAAAGUGGUUGAAAGAAUAUGUUUUUGACCCAAAUAACAAUGUAGAUGAUGUUCGUAUAAAGGAUCUAGCUUUUGGGCCAUCUAGAGAAGUACAUACAUGGUCUCAAUAUUUUGUCAAUGGAUAUCGGUUUCACACACGUGCUUACAACUCAUCAAAAUCUACCAUGAACUGUGGAUUGUGCAUUAAGGGAACAAAUUAUAAUGAGUUUGAAUAUGACUAUUAUGGUUUGUUGGAAGAAGUGAUAGAAUUGCAAUAUUCUAAUCCAACCUCUAAGAAAACUAGAGCGGUAUUGUUUAAGUGUGAUUGGUUUGAUCCCCAAUUAAAUAGGGGGUGCAAGGUUCAUAGUCGUUAUGGCCUAGUUGAGAUCAAUAAGAGAAAACGAUUUUCAAAGUAUGAACCAUUUGCACUUGCUCAACAAGCUCAACAAGUUUAUUUUGGAGAAUAUGCUAGUAAGAAGAGGGAGAGGGCUGAUUGGUGGGCUGUUUGUAAAAUAAAAGCAAGGAGUAUGAUAAAUGCACCAGAAGUAGCCUUCCAAGAAGAUGAUAUGGGAUUGCCAUAUGACACAAGCAUGGAUGCAAUUAAUAAUCUUUGUGAAGGGGUAGCUGAAGAACUUGAAAUACAAGAAAAUGAGAUGAGAUUACAGUAUGAAACAAAUGAUGUUGAUGAACUAGAAAAGUUAGAUGAGGAAGAUGAGCUUGAAAAUGAGGAAUUUCAAACUGAAGAGGAAGAUGAACUUAGUGAGAGUGAUAGUAUUGAAAGUGAUGAAUCAAAUACUGAAAAGGAAGAUGAAGCUUAG